AUGGUUGAGAACAUCAACCCUAGUAUGUCCAUCAUAGCGCACCCGAUUCUUUAUCUCAAUCUCGAUAACAAGAUUUUCUCACGUCGAAAGCCGACGAGCAGAAUAAGUCCUCCCUUGCAAGAAAUUCCUGGCGGCGCCGCCAAUACCGUCAAACAGAAAGCCACCGAUGUCGUCACCACGCACAAAACUCAGCACUGGAAAAUCCUGUUCGUCAAAGACAACGCUGUAUUGCCACCUGGAGAUGCUGGGUUUCACGUUUUCAAAACCUUUGAUAUUGCGUCGCCUACCUACCCCCUUCUCUUGAAUCGCUGGUUGUCGACUGAACGAAGAUUCAAGAAUGUUCAGGGCGUGGAAAGCUUGCAUUUUGAACCAGGCAUAAAAUCUCGGCAUCGACUCGAUGAGCAUCAUCAUGUGCAAGUUUAUCCAAGAUCAUCCGACAGAUGUGGUGAUGGAGGUUAUUAUCCCGUUCAAUUUGGCGAAAUAUUAAGAGGCGAAAAUGCCACCUAUAAGGUGUACACUCGCAGAGGUUAUGGACGCGAUGGCGAAGUCUUCUUGGUGGAAAAUCUAAGAACAUCACAAUGUCAUGUGGUCAAGAUCUUCAAGUCAGGACUCUCUGUACAGGCAAGACAGCAAGCGGAUGUUCUCAAAAAACUUUCCGCUGGUCCAUCGAAUGACCCCGGAAAGAAACAUAUUGUGGAUCUACUUGAUAGCUUCGAGAUAUCCGGGCCCUCCGGACACCACACGUGCUUGGUCACCCAGUCACUUCGGGACAGGCCUUCGCACAUACAUCUAGAGUCGAGGAACGACAUAUAUUUGUGCAAGCAGCUUGUAGAGGCGGUGGUAUACAUGCACAAGCUAGGUGUUACCCAUGGCGGGCCCAAGAUUGGAAAACAUGAUCUCAGCAGAUAUCUUCCCAAAGAGGCCGAAGACAGGGCCGCCAUAGUUGCAGAAGAUGCGAGCUACAUUGACGAGGACGAGUACUCUUGGGAUGACGAUGAUGAAGAUAGCUGCGACGCUGAAGCCGAAGACAGCCUUGACGCAAAGGAUGAAGAUAGUCACGACGCUGAGAACGAGGACAACUGCGACUCCAAAGAUGAGAACAGUUGUGACGAGGACGACGACGACAACCACGUCUAUGAUUACAUGGAAGCUAGGAAGAUCAAAAGAACAUAG